AUGCAUAUACGGGUCUUACGUGCAUUACGAAAGAAUUGGGGAUGGGCAUAUGUGGGUUUUACAUGCAUUAUGGAAAAAUUGGGGGUACGCAUGGUGGGUUUUACGUGCAUUAUGGAAAGAUUGGGGGUACGCAUGGUGGGUUUUACGUGCAUUAUGGAAGGAUUGAGGGUACGCAUGUGUGGAUUUUACGUGCAUUUACGUGCAAGAAUUACAUAUAUGGAUGGGUUUUACAUGUAA